AUGCGUGGACACGGGCAGUAUGGAUCUGCAGACCGUAUUCAAAGUAAAGGCAUUAAAUGCAGCAGGACAGUGUCCUGUGGGGAAGGUGACAUCACCCAAAAAGGAUAUGAAAAGAAAAGGGCAAAGCUGCUCGCGUGCUACCUGCCACCGACUCAGGGAGUGGACCCCCCGCUCCAGGCAGAGCCCAGGACGCCCGGGCCCCCACGAGGCACGGCCGCGGCGCCCAGGCCGCAGAAGCCGCGGCCCGCCAGCUCCCGGGGCGAGCGCUUCCGGUCAGAUGUCCACACGGAAGCCGUGCAAGCAGCUUUGGCCAAAUAUAAAGAGAGGAAAGUGCCUCUGCCUUCGAAAAGACGCUCUGUUCUCGCGCAUUCGUCUGUGGAAACCUGCACCCCACCAGACACGUCGUCUGCCUCAGAAGACGAGGGCCCUGUGCGGCGCCCCGGGCGGCUGGCCGCCGCUCCACCGCAGAGCCGCUCCAGCCUGGGGCCCCGUUUUAGCCCGGCGGGUCCGGGCUCGUCCACCUCGUCCUCCGCGUCCUCCACGUCGUCUCAGCCGGGAGGGAGACUGGCCAGCGCGCUCGCAGGCUCCGCGGCCCUCGGCCAUGUAGCAGAUCUGCACCCGGCGCCUCCCGAUGUCACCACGGGCCUCGUUCAGCAUUCGCGCUGUGAGCGUCCACAGCUGGCCGCCGUGAGAGCUGCUCCGCGGGGCCACAGCGGGAGCCUCCCGGAGACGGCGGGCGGUGUCCCUGUGAACAGCAGAGUGUCUUCCAAAAUCCAGCAGCUCCUGAACACCCUGAAGCGGCCGAAGCGGCCUCCGCUCAAGGAGUUCUUCGUGGACGACGGCGAGGAGCUGCUGGAAGUUCAGCAACCAGAUCCAAAUCAGCCAAAGCCGGAGGGGAGCCAGACGGUGGUGCUGGCAGGGGAACCUCUGACCGUGGGGACAUCCUGGCCGCCAUCACUGCUGGCCGCCUUGCAGCGCUGGGGCACGACGCAGCCCAAAGCCCCCUGUCUCACCGCCCUGGACACAGCUGGGAAGGCCAUCUACACCCUCACCUAUGGCAAACUUUGGAGUCGGAGUUUAAAACUAGCUUACACUCUACUUAAUAGACUGACUAGUAAGAGUGAACCACCACUUAAACCUGGAGACAGAGUGGCGCUGGUGUUUCCAAAUAAUGACCCUGUGAUGUUCAUGGUUGCGUUUUACGGGUGUUUCCUGGCAGAGCUGGUCCCUGUGCCCAUCGAAGUCCCGCUAACAAGAAAGGACGCUGGCAGCCAGCAAGUGGGGUUUCUGCUGGGCAGCUGUGGUGUCGCCUUGGCCCUGACCACGGACGCCUGUCAGAAGGGCCUGCCCAAGGCGCAGACUGGGGAGGUGGCGGCCUUCAAAGGUUGGCCUCCCCUGGCCUGGCUGGUGAUCGACGGGAAGCACCUGAUGAAGCCACCCAAGGACUGGCAGCCACUGGCCCGGGAGGCAGGGCCCGCGACCGCCUACAUCGAGUAUAAAACCAGCAAAGAAGGCAGCACGGUGGGGGUCACGGUGUCCCAUGCGUCCCUGCUGGCACAGUGCCGGGCUCUGACGCAGGCGUGCGGCUACUCGGAAGCUGAGACGUUAACAAAUGUGCUGGAUUUCAAGAGGGAUGCUGGCCUGUGGCAUGGAGUGCUAACAAGCGUGCUGAACAGGAUGCACGUGAUCAGCAUCCCAUACGCGCUGAUGAAGGUGAACCCGCUCUCCUGGAUCCAGAAAGUGUGUUUGUACAAAGCCGGGGCCGCGCUGGUGAAGUCCCGUGACAUGCACUGGUCCCUCCUGGCUCAGCGGGCCCAGCGCGACGUCAGCCUCAGCUCGCUGCGCAUGCUGCUCGUGGCCGACGGCGCCAACCCGUGGUCCAUAUCCUCCUGUGACGCCUUCCUCAACGUCUUCCAGUCCCGAGGCCUGAGGCCAGAGGUCAUCUGUCCUUGUGCCAGUUCUCCUGAGGCCCUCACGGUCGCCAUCCGCAGGCCACCCGAGCUGGGAGGCCCUCCUCCGAGAAAAGCCAUGCUGUCGAUGACCGGCCUCAGCUACGGCGUGGUCAGGGUCGAUGCCGGGGAGAAGCUGUCGGUCCUCACUGUUCAGGACGUCGGCCAGGUGAUGCCUGGAGCUAACGUGUGCGUAGUGAAGGUGGACGGCGCCCCGUAUCUGUGUAAAGCCGACGAGGUUGGGGAGAUAUGUGUGGAUUCCAGUGCGACCGGCUCGGCGUACUACGGACUGCUCGGGGUCACGAGGAACGUCUUUCAGACUGCCCCGCUGACUGCGGCAGGAACGCCCAUCUCCGACAGGCCCUUCACCCGGACGGGGCUGCUGGGCUUUGUCGGCCCUGAUGACCUGGUCUUCGUCGUGGGCAAGCUGGAAGGGCUGAUGGUGGUGGGGGUUCGCAGACACAACGCGGACGACGUGGUGGCCACUGCGCUGGCCGUGGAGCCCAUGAAGUUCGUCUACAGAGGCAGGAUCGCUGUGUUCUCGGUGACGGUGCUGCAUGACGACCGGAUAGUGCUCGUGGCGGAGCAGCGGCCAGACGCCUCUGAGGAGGACAGCUUCCAGUGGAUGAGCCGUGUGCUGCAGGCCAUCGAUGGCAUCCACCAGGUGGGCGUGUACUGUCUGGCCCUGGUUCCCGCCAACAGCUUGCCCAAGGCUCCUCUCGGCGGGGUUCACAUCUCCGAAGCCAAGCAGCGCUUUCUGGAGGGGACGCUGCACCCAUGCAAUGUGCUAAUGUGCCCUCACACCUGCGUCACCAACCUUCCCAAACCUCGCCAGAAACAGCCAGAGGUCGGUCCUGCCUCCAUGGUCCUUGGGAAUCUGGUCUCUGGGAAGAGAAUUGCACAGGCCUCGGGGCGGGCGCUGGCUCACCUGGAGGACAGCGACCAGGCAAGGAAGUUCCUGUUCCUGCCGGACGUGCUGCAGUGGCGGGCCCACACCACUCCCGACCACCCGCUCUUUCUGCUGCUGAAUGCCAAGGGCACGGUCACAAGCACAGCGACCUGUGUCCAGCUGCACAGAAAGGCUGAGAGAGUGGCCGCCGCUCUGACGGAGAAGGCGAGGCUGAGCGUCGGGGACCAUGUGGCCUUGGUCUAUCCCCCAGGGGUGGACCUCAUCGCCGCCUUCUACGGAUGCUUAUACUGUGGCUGCGUACCCGUCACCGUGCGGCCCCCGCACCCCCAGAACCUCGCCACCACGCUUCCCACCGUCAAGAUGAUCGUGGAGGUCAGCAAGUCCGUGUGCGUCCUCACCACGCAGGCCAUCACGCGGCUGCUCAAGUCCAAGGAAGCCACGGCCACCGUGGACAUCAGGACCUGGCCGACCGUCCUGGACACGGCAGACGACAUACCGAAAAAGAAGGUGGCUAGUGUGUUCAGGCCACCCUCCCCGGACGUGCUCGCCUACCUGGACUUCAGCGUGUCGACCACAGGCAUCUUGGCGGGCGUGAAGAUGUCGCAUGCAGCCACCAGUGCCUUGUGCCGCUCCAUAAAGCUGCAGUGUGAGCUGUACCCCUCGAGGCAGAUCGCCAUCUGCCUCGACCCCUACUGUGGCCUCGGCUUCGCCCUGUGGUGUCUGUGCAGUGUCUACUCAGGACACCAGUCUGUGCUGGUGCCUCCACUGGAGCUGGAGAGCAACGUGUCCCUGUGGCUGUCCGCCGUGAGCCAGUACAAGGCCCGCGUCACCUUCUGCUCCUACUCAGUGAUGGAGCUGUGCACCAGGGGCCUGGGCGCGCAGACCAGCGUCCUCAGGAUGAAGGGGGUGAACCUGUCGUGCGUGCGCACGUGCAUGGUGGUGGCCGAGGAGCGGCCCCGGAUCGCGCUGACUCAGUCCUUCUCCAAGCUGUUCAAGGACCUGGGCCUGCCCGCGCGGGCCGUCAGCACGACGUUCGGGUGCAGGGUCAACGUGGCCAUCUGCCUCCAGGGCACGGCCGGCCCGGACCCCACCACAGUCUAUGUGGACUUGAGGGCGCUGCGCCAUGACAGGGUCCGUUUGGUAGAACGGGGUUCUCCGCACAGCCUGCCGUUGACGGAGUCUGGGAAGAUCCUCCCCGGGGUCAAGGUCGUCAUCGCGCACACCGAGACUAGAGGGCCCCUUGGAGACUCGCACCUGGGAGAGAUCUGGGUGAGCAGCCCUCACAAUGCCACUGGCUACUACACGGUCCACGGGGAGGAAGCACUUCACGCCGACCACUUUAGUGCCCGGCUGAGCUUUGGUGACACCCAGACCACUUGGGCGAGGACUGGCUACCUGGGCUUCCUGCGGAGGACAGAGCUCACCGACGCCAGCGGAGAGCGGCACGACGCGCUCUACGUGGUCGGGUCUCUGGACGAGACGCUGGAGCUGAGGGGCAUGCGCUACCACCCCAUCGACAUCGAGACGUCCGUGGUCCGCGCGCACAGGACCAUCGCCGAGUGUGCCGUGUUCACCUGGACCAACCUGCUGGUGGUGGUGGUGGAGCUGGACGGGCUGGAGCAGGAUGCCCUGGACCUGGUGGCCUUGGUGACAAACGUGGUGCUGGAGGAGCAUCACCUGGUGGUGGGCGUGGUGGUCAUCGUGGACCCGGGCGUGAUCCCCAUCAACUCUCGAGGUGUUACCUGAUAAGCAACGUGUUGGAGGGGGGCCUUUCAGUGUGGUGUCCAGGUGACUGGAUUUUCAGUGGAAACAGCUGAAUCCAAGAGUAAACAUCGCGGUGGGCACGGGA